AUGAAGUGUAUCCUCGGAGACCACAACACUGUUAACAGCAAAACUCAAGGCAAGUUCUCGGCUGAUGCAGACAAAAUGGAAACUGUCCUGAAGGUGGUGGGGUACCUAGAACUGGAGAUGUAUUGUACCGAUAGACUACAAAAGUACUUUGAGCUCCUUCUGACGCAAAUACGAGAGAUCCUGGAAAAACACACGGACCCGAAGGUUCUGGAAAGCUGUUCUCGGGCGCUCUACGCUUUGUCUGACCGCAACCAGACCUUGCACAAGAAGACAGACCUCACAGUCAGCCAGUUGGUGGAUGGGCUCGGUGACCACUUCCUAAAGUUGCUUCCAGACAUCAUGCAGGUGUCUGAUCUGGAUGAAGAUGAUGUGUAUAACGCUGCUGCCACGAUGAAAAGACUCUCGGCUUUGUACAGUGCUUACAAUCUUACCAAGUGGGAGCUGUUUGAGCCGUGUUGCCAAAUUCUGCAGAAGGCCGUGGACACGGGAGAAGUUCCUGAGCAGAUUGUCCUCCCCUCUCUUGUCUGCUGUCACUUCUCUCUUCUCUGGACGCUCUCCCACCUUACCAACGUAGAACCAUCAGAGACGGAGGUGACUGCCCUUUGUAAGAAACUUCACACAUUCAUAGACUUGUGUCAGAGUUUUCUGUCGGAUCUCAAUCGCAGGGUCAGAGAGCAGGUAAAAUUAACCUGAAAUCAAAUGUACAUGGUUUUUAAUGAGCACCUGAGCCGGGAUGAUCGCUCUUAUCUACAGCCACUUGUCUAUACACCUGACCAGUCUCUGCAAGCUGAACUCGCUGGCUUCCUUGUCGAUCAUGUGUUCACAAAUGCCACGGAUCUAGAAGAUGAAAACGAGCAAAUCGCUGAGCUGCAUAACAGACGCACCUUGUUGGCAGGUUACUGCAAGCUGAUCCUGUACAACACUCUGGAGCUGCACUUUGCAAGUGAAAUCUUCAAGUAUUAUGUAAAGUAUUAUGUGCAUUAUGGGGACAUCAUAAAGGAAACCCUUCACAGAUCCCGUUCAGUGAGCAAAGAGGAGAGCACCAGGACCAUCCUUCUGAGUCUUACCCAGUCGUAUACAGGGUUCUGUUUAGAGGAGGAUUCUCCUGACAGACGCUUCGCAAAUUCUUUCCUUGAGAUUCGAGACCUUGCAAGACGAUUCGCUCUUCUGUUGGGGCCAGAUCAGUUGAGAAAUCGACAGGAUAUCAUACUCCUACACAAAGAGGGUAUUAAGUUUUGUCUGCGGGCCUCCACAGAUACCACUUGGUCCUCCCAGAACCUGCUCUUUCUCGAUGUGCUGAGCGAAUUUUCACACAAACUUCUCAAGCAGGACAAAAGGGUUCUUCUGCAGUACUUUGAUGAGACCUGUAAGCAGUGCAUCCCUUCUGAUCAUGAGUACGGUGAUGAGAACAGUGGACUCUGGGCUUCCCUUCACGCCUACAAGAAAUCUCUAAGUACAGACAAUGAAUCAGGAACCGCCACUCCCGGCCACGCCAGCAGACGCAGAGCAAAAGACAGGAGGUCAGCCAGAAUGCCCAGGGUAUCGCCACACAGAAAGAAGAGGAGAACCGCUAAGGAUAAUUUACAAGAUUCCAGCACUGUUGUGGGUGAAGAGGAGCGUAGAGACACACCAAUACUGACCUCCACCAUGCUGCAAGAAAGGAGCGAAGCUUCAAGUCCAGCAAGAGGACAGGAUGAUGGGUCAGACUCUGAUUUCGAUAUGAGUUCCCAGUGUCAAAGGACAUCUCACACUUCCAAACCUUUGGACCCCCUAGAUGUCCUUGGCAAUUCAAAGGUCCUAGAAGAGGUUCUUCAGCUUCUAGAUCCACUAUUUCUAAGUGGAUUCGUCAAGUGGUCAUCCAAGUAA